CUCGAGGCGGUUCAAUGCUCGACUAUUCUCUCCGACUAUCGGCUUCAUUAUCAUUACGACUAUAUGCCGUUCGUCCUGUAGAAGAGCACAGGGAACUUUGUGUCUGGCAAAAGCUGAGUAAUGCAGUGAGGGGAUACCAUCGGAAUGACGCAUUACUGGUCGUUGAACGUUAUCCGAUGAGUUGGAGUAAACCCAUAUAUAGUUGUUAGGUAUGUACCUCGUACAGAGUUUGUGACACUCGAAACCACUCUUCUAAUAGUUCCCUCCACGGUUAGAGGAUCGGUGCUUGACCGAUGGCGCACCGCAUUCUGCUCACAGGGGUGUCCGGCUACCUCGGCGGGACUCUGCUUGCCCGAUGGAAGAGUGCCAAUCUGCCGCCAUAUGAACACCUGUAUGCCCUUGUACGCACAGUCGAGCAAGCCCAGGCGGUCAAACGGUACGGCGCUGAGCCUUUGACAUUCAGCCUCAAGGACGAGGCGGCGAUACGAGAAGCUAUCGUCGGGAAAGAGAUCGACGUUGUGUUCUUCCUCGUCGAUGCAUUCUACUCCGAUGCCCAAGUUCUUCUGAUCAAGGCCCUUGGCGAAUUGAAAAAGUCGACAGGCAAGGACGUCCAUUUCCUGCAUACUAGCGGUGCCAAAAUAUUCUCCAGUCAUGCCGGUGCACCGACAGAUCAACCCCUUUAUGAUGAUGAUCCGAAUCUGUAUGAUGUUCAGAAGUCCCAGAAACCGCCUGUAUCUCUUAUCAAGCCGGCCAUCGAUACCAAUAACACCGUCAUCGAGCAAGCUGAAGAGUUAGGCGUGCGCAGUUACAUCUUCGUGCCCUGUAUCGUGUAUGGAGAGGGUGAAGGAUUCGGCAACCCCGUCUCGAUACAAACCGUCGCCAUCGUUCGAGCUGCCCAGGCAGUAGGACGUGUGUACAGUGUAGACCCUGGUCGGCCAUCGUGGCCCGUAUGUCAUGUCCUUGACAAUACGUCCCUGUAUUUAGCAUUGCUUCGGCAGAUUCUAUUAGACAAGAGCCCAGACAGCGGCAAGAAUGGGUACUACCUGGCGUCCCCCGGCAGCAUUGCUUGGGAAGACCUUUAUGCCAGCAUAGCUGCAUCUCUGGCAAAACGUGGAGUGAUCGCUGAUGCAAAGGUCGAAGAAGCCACAGACGAGGCUCUGACAGGAAUGGGGGCUGCAUUAGGCUGCCCAAAGGAGCUCGUUCCUUUGCAGCUGGGAGGACACUGUACUUUUACUGCCCGACAUGGUGAGAAGCUUGGGUGGCGCGCCGAGUACCCGGCGAGCCAUAUCUUGGAAACGGCUGACGAGGAGACUGGGCUGAUUCUCCAACACCCCAAGUACUGGAAAUAUUGAAGUUGUUAAAGAGGUGUCCUUGGCUGGUACACGCUCAUCAUGGGCAAGAACGUAACAUCAUUUGUUGGAUUCGACUCCGGUCCUGGAGUGACCAAGGAGAUAUCCUUGGAUGCAUCCCAUGAUGAUGCUUAUAGUCAUUGCGUCCCACCUGGAAUAAUAGCUUGGUUAGUAAAAUGCAUUUUACGUCUCACCCGCGGAUAGAUGGGGUUUGCUAGGCAUGCAUGUUAUCGAUCGAUCGCAUGACCAUCACGUAACCGUGCAGCCACCAGACACUGCCGUUGCGGGAGACCCAUGGAGCUGUAAGUGACGGGGGCCUCGUUGUCUGGUGGCAGCAUAGGCAACUUGUCCCGAGCAUUUAGCCACGGAUCACGCUCGUUUUGGACUGUUCUUUGGCGAGUUCAUCCGUGUAGGUGAACGCCAGAAAUUGUACCA